GAGGGUGAAAGAGAGAUUUUUUGUUUAAACUUUACGUUAAACAAUGGCGGAGGAUUUUGCAAGGGCGGUGGAGGACGGGCUAAAGCUAGGGAAACGGAUAUACUUAGGGAAAGACAGGGCGGUAGCACCACCCAAGCCGCUACCACCGAUGGAGAAGUCUCCUCAUAUUUACUUGCCAUCGGCGCCCAUGGUGUAUGCGGUCAUACUCGACCCGAGGAUUGUCGACAACCCGGAUAUCCCAAGUUACCAGCCUCACGUGCAUGGGAGGCUGGAUCGACCCGCUUUGAUUCCUCUCCAGAUGAACGCCAUCAAUCUCGACGUUGAUUGUUAUGGCGAUACAGCCUUUGUUCAAGUUUCUGGGACGUGGAGGGUUCAUUGCGUUAUGGGUAGCCGUUCUUGUAACUGUCGCAUUGCUCUCCCGAUGGGCGACCAGGGUUCAAUUCUAGGUGUUGAGGUUGAUCUUCCUACAAAAUCAUAUUCCACUGAACUAGUCGGAGUAGAAGAAAGUAAGGGUAUUAAGAACAUAGCGAAACCAGAAGAUGGAGUGUUUGUGUGUCCUCGUAUAUUUACGAUAACAAUACCAAAGAUCGAUGGGGGUACUUCUGUAUCGAUUAAGCUUCAUUGGUCUCAGAAAUUGUCAUAUAAUGAUGGCCAGUUGACUCUGACUGUGCCCUUCAGUUUUCCUGAAUUUGUUAAUCCUUCUAUAAGGAAGAUUGCAAGAAAAGAAAAGAUACAAUUGAAUGUGAACUCUGGUAUUGCAACCGGAAUGGUCCAGGCAACUAGUCAUCCUUUUAAGGAAUUAAGAAGUGAGACAGGGGAGAUUGGCUUCUUAUAUGAAGCAAAUGUUCUUAAGUGGUCCGAAACCGACUUGAGUUUAUCAUAUAGUGUUUCUUCCAGUAACAUAUAUGGAGGAGCCCUUUUUCAGUCUCCUUCGGUAUAUGAUUCGGAUCAAAGGGAUAUGUUCUAUAUGUAUCUUUUCCCUGGAAGUCAGCGUGAUACAAAGGUGUUCAGAAAGGAGGUCAUAUUUGUUGUUGAUGUAAGUGCCAGCAUGCGAGGGAAUUCACUUGAGAGUAUCAAACGUGCAAUAAACACAGCCCUGUCUAAGCUCAGUCCAGAAGAUUCAUUUAACAUCAUACUUUUUAGAGAUGAGACCUUCCUGUUUUGCACAUCCAUGGUGUUGGCUUCCGAGGAAGCAGUUGAAAGGGCCUCUGAAUGGAUAGCCAAGAACCAUUGUGAUGGGGCUGGUACAAAUAUUUUCAUUCCUCUUCAAAAGGCAGUUGAUAUGCUGUCAAACACGCAUGGUACGAUUCCCAUGGUUUUUCUUGUUACUGAUGGAGCUGUUGAAGAUGAGAGAAAAAUCUGUGAGUGGAUGAAUAAGGUCGUGAAAAAUGGAGGGUCAUUCUCCCCACGGAUACAUACUUUUGGCAUAGGAUCAUUCUGCAAUCACCAUUUCCUGCGCAUGCUGUCAAUGAUUAGCCAGGGAGGAUAUGCUGCUGCUUUUGAUCUAGAUUCGAUCGAGUUUCGGAUGCAGAAACUAUUUAGUAAAGGUUUAUCCACUGUUAUUGCAAACAUAUCCAUUGAUGCAUCUGAUGAUCAUGAGCAAAUAAAGCUGUACUCAUUAUGUAUUCCCGACCUUUCAUCGGAUACGCCACUGAUAAUAUGCGGGAGGUACAAAGGCAGUUUCCCCGACACUCUUAAAGCUAAAGGCGUUCUAGGAGAUUCAAGUAGUUUCAUUAUCGAUUUGAAGAUAGAAAAGGCGAAGGACAUACCUCUUGACAAAGUUAUAGCCAGGCAGCAGAUCGAUCUACUCACGGCGCAGGCAUGGUUUUCGGAAAAUAAACAGCUCGAGGAGCAGAUCGUCAAUUUGAGCAUAAGAACUUGCAAUAUCUCUGAGUAUUCUCGUAUGGUCUUACUCGAGAAAAGUAAAAUCGACAAUGAAACCGAUGUUACCGGAGCUCAGAAGAUAUCGAGUAAAGGCAAUGCACGCAAGCUUUUGGAGUCCGCAGGGCCGAAAAAGAUAUUGCUUCAAAUACUUACAGUCGGUUUCGGCAAUCUGGCGGCAACCGCUGAGAACAUCCGUCCGGGAUCCGUCGAAGAGAAUUUACCAGAAGUGAUGGAAAUUCUGAACAAGAGAAGUUCAAAUUGGUGUGGUCAGCUGUGUAAAAGUUGCUAUUGCGUGUGCUGCCUCGACUGUUGUUCAAAGAUGAACAACCAAUGUGCGGUAAUAUUAACGCAAGUACUGGGCGCUGUAGCUUGCUUUGGGUGCUGUCAAUGUUGCGCACUUUGCUUCCCUGAAGAAGGGUGA